UCUGUUAUUUAGCUUUUUUCUCUUGCCUUGGUUUUCAUUUUAUGGAUGUCACUGAUAAAUGUCACCCUGUUUUUAUGCUGGUAGGGGUUUGCUGGGAGAGGGAGAUAUUCUGUGGGUUUCUUGGAAGAUGGUAACCAAAAGGAUGUUACACCUUAGCCUCUUUACUCUUGAACUUACCCAGAGAAGACAAUGGCAGAUCCUUCAGUGGUGGAUCACCUGACACGACUGAAACUCAAACUCCUAGAAAAGAGACUAGAAAAUGAACAGGAGAACCUAGAGAAGAUGGAGUUGUCUCUCCUAGCUGCAAGGAACAGACCUCAGGAUAUGCUCCAAAACGCCCUGAGGCGAAGGAAAGAUCUGCUGCAGGAGCUUAGGGAUCAGCACCUUCUGGAAGAGCUUUCACAGCCACCUGCACCAGCUGGAGGGCACUGCCAUAACCACAGAGCUGCCCUCCCACAAGUCUACCAGAUCCCUUUUCCAGCUUCCCAAGUGGAGCCACCAAGGAUUAUCCAGCAGAUGAUGCCAACUCAGCCUGCCACCAUCAUCCAGCAGUUGCCUCAGCCAUCCCCUCUGAUCACGCAGAUUCCCCCAGCCCAGCCCUUUGCAGCCCCCCGCUCUGGGAACAUUAAAGAAGAUAUGGUAGAGAUGAUGUUGAUGCAGAAUGCUCAGAUGCACCAGAUCAUGAUGCAGAACAUGAUGCUGAAGGCUCUUCCACUGACAGCGCUCGCACAGCUUGGGGGAGCCAGCUGUGCCGUGCUCCAGCACACGCAGCAGGUAACAACACCCCAUCCUGAAGGGCAUCCUCACCCACACCAGGCCAUGGCUCAUCAUCCUGGGAGGGCACAGGGCCUGGCCAAAACACACAAAGAGCUGGGAGAGCCAGAAGACUGUGGAGGACACUGCACCUUAGGAAAGAUGACAGAGGAAGAGCAUGCCCUGAUGCCCACCUUCCUCUCCAGGCCAUCCUGUCAUUCUGCAUUUCCCUGACAUUGACUGAUGGAAUAAAUUGGAGGGAGUGGGAUCUGAGUAUCAGGUGAAAUCUGAAGUCACUGAGUGUUUUUGGACCUUCUGUACUGGAACCUGCAAACUCUUCUCCAGACACAUUCCAAAGGUCUUUCCCAAGGGGUGGCUGAGUGGAACUCUGGGCCCUCAGCCAGGGACUCCCCCAUGGGGGCACAGGUUUCUGCAGCCACCCUUUGUCUCUCUCCAACAAGGACCUGCAGCUUGCUGCUCCCCUGGCCGUGAAAGCAGACAGGCCCAGGCCACCUGUGGUGCACCACCACCACCAUUACCCUCCCAUGGGGGUG